GAUCACUAUUAGCUUGGAACUUACGUGAACCACAUCUAGGACUGCUUUCCACACCUGGCUGUUCACAAUUUCAGCAAUUCACGAGUUCUUGCCUUUCUCAGCAAAGAAAUGGUUGACACCGUAACUCUCGAGAGCGCCAUGAGACGGCUUAAACAGCAUGUCUUCAAGAAUCGGUUGCGCGUCAAGGAUUUCCUGAUGGACUUCGAUAAGCUGAACUCUGGAUAUGUAUUCCCAAAUCAUUUCCUUAGCGCGCUGAGCAUGGCUGGUAUUGAUCGGUAUCUGACUCCAAAGGAGAUAGAAAUCAUCUGCGAUAACUUCAAGGUGCAGCGGGAUGCCACGUUGGUAAUGGUGGACACGCGGUCUUUCCUGCACGAGGUUGAGCUGGUGUUCACGAUACCGCACCUAGAAAAGGACCCGCUGGUGGACGUGCCGCCCGAGCCCGCGGAGCUGCUGGACAAGACGCGGUACUUGCGCUCAAGCCGGGUGCUGCCGGCGGAUCAGGAGGAGGCGGUGGGAGCGCUGCUGGAGCGCCUGGGGGACACCUGCCUCAAGCGGGGGCAACCGGUCAAGGCCUUCUUCGACGAUGCGGCUGCGGACGACCACUCAGCCAAGCUCUUCGGUCACGUGACGGUGCCGCAAUUCCGGCAGGUGCUCACCACCAAGCUGGACUGGGUGGUGAGCGACAGCGAGAUGGCGCUGCUGGUGGCCAAGUUCCGGCACGACGACAAGCCCGAGUUCGUCAACUACAUCGCAUUCAGCAACACCGUGGACCCGCCGGAGAGGUACUGCCCUCCUCAAUGAGGAUCUCCCACUGCUGGUGUCGAGCUGCCAGGCAAGCCCGUCAGCGCGUGUCUGCUUGGGGGAACCUACUUGGCCAUCGUGCCGGCCUAGCGACUCGCCGCCCGGCUUCUUCACGGCGAUUUGUUUACAAGGGCACCCUGUACGGCCAUGUGGGAGGCUUGUCUGGGAUAAAGGAAGCAGGGCGGGAGGCGCACUCACCUGCUGCACCUAUGGGCUCGGACCCGGAUGUAUUGUACAUGCUAGGCUGCAAGGCCGCCUAGGACUGUGUAGUUGGGCCCCAUGUGGAAAUGGCACAACAGGGUGCGGCUUGGGGGUCUUACAAUAAUGGAUGUACGUAUUCCUGGAAGAAGUGGCUUGGAAAGACUGCACUUUGGCAGGGCGGCCCCUCUUCAUGUUUCGCAAAAAGUUCACCUGUCGAGAGUCUAGGUCAAGUCCCUGGUGUGUGGGUUCUGCCUAGUGAUUUGUUUUUUGAGCAGGGGGGCUCUCUUGCAAGUGCAGCUAUUGGGCAAUCGUACAGUGUUGUGUAUGCAGCACACCCCCCGGCAUUGAGGAUGCAAGCCAGCGGUCGCAUCCAUGUCCUGGAAUAUAGGCAGGGAAAGCAGUGAUGUGCACGUCUGCUGGGAAUAUGAGCACGCAUUCACUUUUGGGGUCGAACAUGGAUAGUUGGGUCCUUGCGUGUCAAGUUCCCAUUGUAAUAUUGUCCUCCAG